AUGGAUGACGACGCGCAGCACGCGAACGGGCCGGUGAACCACGGGAACAAGCGGGAUCGAUCGGGCGGACGCGGAGGACGGGGCGGACGCGGGGGACGGGACGGACGCCGACGCGAGGGCGGGAACGGUGGACCGAACGAACGACGGCGCGAGCGGGCGCCGACGCGACCGGGAUGGUACCCCACGGGAACGAUCGAUGAGGUGAGCGGACGCCCGGCGCACAGUGGGCAGUGCGAGGGAUGUCGCGUGAGCACCGUCGUGAAUUUUCGACCCGUCGUCGGGGGGAACCCUCCGUUGUGCGGCGUGUGUCUCGACUCUCUCAAGGCGGCGACCGCGGGUUCGAGCAUGGAGGGCGACGCGAGCGGUGGACCGAACCGUAAUAGACGGCAGGGCGGCGGCCGAGGGUACGGAAACGGGGCGAUGCACGGGAUGCAGAUGCCGUAUCCAUUCAUGCCCGGGGCGAGGUUUUCGCCGUACGGCGCCGCGGGCGGACAGAUGGUCAUGGUGGAUCCGCGAAUGAUGGCGGCGUACGGCGGUGGAGGAGGGAUGGGUGCCAUGACGAUGCCACCGUUCGGCGGCGGCGGACGAGGGAAGAAUAGGACCUGGUCGCGAGACGGAACGGACGGCGCCGAGGUGCCCGACGUGGACACCUCGGGCAUUCAGUGCAUCUUCUUCCAACGCGGAAGCUGUCGAGCCGGCGACGCGUGCAAGUAUUCGCACGCGGGUGAAGGCGCUGGCACCGCGACUACCGAUGUGAGCGCGGGGACGGAGAUGCAAAUGAACGAGUAG